GCAGCAACAAGUAUCUGGAGGAUUUACACUUGAAGACAUUUUACAUAUACAUUUUUGAUUUCAUACUGUCUCCUGCAGUCAUGGCCCAGAUUUUACUUAACCGUAUGGGGAAUGACCACAAUGAGUAUAUCAAACCAAGUGUUCAACUGAAAAAUCCCUACUUGGACACCAUGGAAGAGGAUAUUCUCUACCACUUCAGUUUGAGCACCAAGACUCACAACCUUCCAGAAAUGUUUGGAGAUAUUAAGUUUGUGUGUGUUGGUGGCAGUGCGACUCGCAUGAAGGCCUUUGCCCAGUUCAUCCACCAGGAGCUGAAACUACCUGGAAGCCCAGAGGAAAUAAGAAAUAUCUGUGAGGGGACUGAUCGCUAUUGCAUGUAUAAAGUGGGACCAGUGCUGUCUAUAAGUCAUGGCAUGGGCGUCCCUUCCAUAUCCAUCAUGCUACAUGAGCUCAUCAAACUGCUGCACCAUGCCCAGUGUCAUGAUGUGGUCCUCUUUCGCCUUGGAACAUCUGGUGGAGUCGGUCUGGCUCCAGGGACGGUGGUGAUCACAGAUAAAGCAGUGGACUACUCCUUCCGUCCCCAGUUUGAGCAAGUGGUUCUUGGUAAAGUUAUCACCAGGAAUACUGAGCUGGAUGAAGGAGUGGCCAAUGAGCUUCUGCAGUGCUCUUCGGAGCUUCAAAACUUUCCGGCAGUGAUUGGACACACCAUGUGCGCCCAUGACUUCUAUGAAGGUCAAGGCCGACUGGACGGGGCUCUCUGUUCCUUCUCUCAUGAAGAAAAACUAGAGUAUCUGAGGGAAGCUUACGAGGCGGGAGUGAGGAAUAUUGAAAUGGAGUCCACCGUGCUUGCUGCUAUGUGCCGUGUCUGUGGCCUCAAAGCGGCUGUGAUCUGUGUUACAUUACUGAACCGCUUUGAUGGAGACCAGAUCACUUCCCCUCAUGAUGUGCUGGUGGAGUACCAGCAGAGACCUCAAGUCUUGGUGUCCCACUUUAUCAAGAAACGCCUGGGAUAUAUUGUCUGAGACACCUUCAUGUUCCAUCCCUAGCACAGCAUUCCCAAAAGAUUGUAUAUAGCUUUGACUGAUAUGAGGAUAUGUAAAUGUACUGUACUUAGCAUGUUAAUAUUACACACUUAUUUAAAAAGUUAAGAUUAUUAUGAUUUCUUUGAUGCUUAAAUAUUGUUGUUUAUGUAAGGUAACAGUAAUUUUCUAAAUAUUGUGUUCUGUAUGUUGAUUUGACAUCAACUUGUAACUGCCAAGAGAAGUCGAAGGUUUUUCAAACUCUUGUACUUUAUUUGCGUGUUUCAGCUUGUCACUGGGGUGAAGGACAACUGAUUACAUUUUGGGGGUAACCCAAGUCUAUUGCAUAAUUAUUUUAGCUAUAACUACAAAUCUAACAGAUAUAGAGACUAUUCCAAAUCCUAUGGGGAUGCGUUUCUCCUCUUAUAUGCUUGUUAGAUGAGAAACACUUAUUAUAUAACUUAGUAUUUUCUCUUAUGAUACAAGAAGAGGAAAUUACCAGGCACAUUAUGAACAGGCACUGAACUAGUAUAUAUGAAUGUACAGAGAGGUCAUUUUCACCUGUUGGAUGUACAUGUUUAUGCAGUAUCAUUACUGUAUUCCUGUAGCGUAUAAAACCUGCAAUAAAGGUAAAUAAUAGUAAUUGCACUGUA